AUGUGCGGUGGUCCAGAGCGUUCCAAAUCUACAUCAACUCCAUCCACGGUUGAAACUGAGUCUAGCGCCAAAGACAUGAGUAAUGGAACCCUUAAAGCUGACGAGUCUUUUAGCAGUUUAUUAGAACUUGCUUCCAACAAUGAUGUUGAAGGCUUUAAGCGCUCGAUUGAUCGGGAUGCUUCUUCAAUCAACGAGAUUGCACUGUGGUACACCCGCGGGAAAGGUGCAAAGCACAUCGUUCGCGAGUAUAGAACUCCACUGAUGGUUGCUGCCACUUAUGGUAGUGUUGAUGUUCUGAAGCUUAUACUCUCAUAUUCAGAGGUUGAUGUGAAUCUCUCUUGUGGCCUGCACAAAAGCACCGCCCUUCAUUGUGCUGCUUCUGGUGGAUCCGUUUGUGCUGCCGAUGUUAUUAAGCUGCUUCUAUCUGCUGGUGCUGAUCCAAACUUGAUGGAUGCCAAUGGUCAUUGCCCUGUCGAUGUGCUUGUUGUUCAUCCCAAGCUGCAAAACAUGAGGGUUACACUUGAGGAGCUUCUGUCAAAAGAUGCUUCUGAUGGCUCUGUUGGCGAGCAGAGUUUGCGUCUGUCUAUUAAUUGCUCAAAGUACACCGAUUCUUCAUCGCGUUCUUCUUCCCCAGACAAUGAGCGAUCCCCUUCCGGCUCAAUCUCAUCACCUCUUGCAUCAAAGAUGACUGAUCUGCCUCCUAUCACUACACUGGAGAAAAAAGAGUAUCCAAUUGAUCCGUCCAUCCCCGACAUCAAGAACAGCAUUUAUGCAACAGAUGAGUUCCGCAUGAGAGAAUGCUCGCAGGAGAGAUCCAAGGAAGUUCCACUACAGCUGCGUUCCCUGUCCUGA